AUGCCGCCGCCCGACAUCCGCAUCCACGCCGAGCACUCGCUCUUCGGCAGCGCCCGCGACCAGCACCUCCCGGACGAGGACGCGCUCUCCGUGGCGGAGCUCAUCCCGCAGAUCCUCGCCGAGCGCCAGUCGCUCCUCCACAUCUCCGAGCAGCUGAUUGCCGCAGAAAUCGCCCAGGCCCAGCCGCCGCAGCCUGCCGCCGAGACGCCGCCGCCAAGCCCGCCCGCCGCCGACGACGGGUCGGCGCUCGAGCUCUUCCGCUCGCAGAAGGACCAGCUCGUCGCGCACCUCGGCUCCGCGCUCAACGAGACGUCGCUCUCGUUGGACUUCGUGUCGCUCCUCAUGUCCGCGGAGCGGCCGCGCGUCACGGCGCUGACGCUCUCGCCGCACCUCCAGAGCACGGCGCCGUUGGGCUCGCUCAGCGCAGACCGGCUCCGCCCCGCGGACGCCCGCGCGGCGCCCGCCGCGGCCCAGUCCGUCGGCUUGGGCUGGAAGUACCAGGCGCUCCGCGGCGUCACGGCGCUCUUCCGCGACGCGGCGCGGCAGCUCCGCGGCCAGGCGGCCGAGGAGGCCUGCUACUGGCGCCACGUGUGCGCGGUGGUGGGCCACGGCGAGGUGCUCUUCAAGACGCGCGACCCCGCGGACAACGGCCGGGCGCUCGGCGUGCAGUACGGCUACGGCGACUCCGGGCUGACGUACCACGACAAGGGCGUCGGCGUGUUGCGCCGCGCCGGCGCCGAGGGCGCCGUGGCGUUCUGCGCGUUGGCCCCGGCCGGCGCGGGCAGGCCCGCAGAGCCCAUUGCCCGCAACCGGUACACGCGCGUGCGCGUGUUGACCAAGGUGGACGACGACUACGUGGUGACGGGCCAGCUGGCAGCGCCGCGCGGUGAGCUCGCGCGGCACUGCGGGCAGCCGUUGCUCGAUGCCAUCGAGCGGGCGCGCUUCUUCCUCUUCGAGGCGGACUUGUUCUUCCACUUGGUGCGCGAGGCCAAGCACUUGAUCAGCUACAACGUGACGAUCAUCGCGGACAAGAUCGUGGUGGACGCGGUGGACCAGGUGCUCGAGUUCGAGAGCGCGGUCUACGACGACGACGACGACGACGACGACAACGGCGAGCCCGGCGCCGUGGGCGCCAUGUGCCUGGACACGUCGGGCGGGCGCGGCACGGACGACGGCCGCGCGCAGAGCAUCCUCGUGUUCCUCAAGCUCAUGCUCUGCGCGUACUACCGGUACCGGUUGCGGUUGAAGCAGAAGAUGCCCACGCUGCACACCAAGUGGAAACAGGCGCACUCGCACCCGCUCUUGCUCCGCCCCUUGCUCGGGCACACGCGCCACCAGCUGAACGUGCGCCUCGUGGCGGCGCUCGUGCGCCGGCUCUGCCGCGCGCUCGACCCGGCCCGCGCCUCGUACUCGGUCGCGGAGGACAUGUACGCGAACCUCGCCGCGGCCCCCGUGGCCAGCGCGUUCCAGAAGGCCGUGCAGCGGCCCGUGUCCACCGUGACGUUGGUGCUCGCGCGCGUGGGGGCGCCGCUGCUCUUGCACGCGGUGCUCGAGGUCUCCACCACGGAGAUCUUCGUGGACUUGGUCGUGCGCUUGUCCGUGUCCAAGUACAAGACCCGCGCCGACCUCGACGCCAACCUGGACGGCUGCAACGUGCUCCUGCUCGAGUUCACGGAUCUCGCGGACGUGGGCGAGAGCUUGGAGUGGGCCUUGUUGAACUUCCUCGAGGACGCGGCGUGA